AUGUCGAGCACGUCGCCGGUUAUAGCGACCGAGGACAAGCUCAAGGUCCUGACGCACGUCCAGUACGAUCCGCCCGAGUCGCUCUCGCCCUCCACGGUCGCCCCGGACCCGCUCGACCAAUUCCGCACCUGGUUCACCAGCGCGCAAGGCGUUGUGCGCGAGCCCGAGUCCAUGGUGCUCAGCACCGCCUCCGCGUCAGGCAUCCCCUCCGCUCGCACGCUGCUCUUCAAGGAGCUCGACCGACGCGGGUUCAUCUUCUUCACGAACUACGAGUCGCGCAAGUCGCAGGAGCUCACGGAGAACCCGCGCGCCGCGCUCAGCUUUUAUUGGCGCGAGGUGGCCAAGCAGGUGCGCAUCGUCGGUCGCGCAGAGCGUCUCAGCAAAGCGGAGAGCGAGGAAUACUUCCGUAGCCGCCCGCUCGGGAGCAGGCUCGGAGCCUGGGCGAGCAAGCAGAGCAGUGUCGUGGAUGAGGGCGAGGUGCAGGCGCGGCUGAAGGAAGUCAAGCAGCGGUUUGGCGUGCAGGAGGGCGCAGAGGAUGCGGAUAUACCGCUGCCCGAGUUCUGGGGCGGCUGGCGAAUCGUCCCCGGCGAAAUAGAAUUCUGGCUGGGCAAACCUUCACGCUUGCACGACCGAGUGCGCUACCAGCGCAUAGAAGGAUCGCCGGAUGAUACACGACAAUGGAAGAUAGAAAGGCUUGCCCCGUGA